CAAGCAAACAUUCAACGGUCCAGAUUACGCGUUGCGUGUAGCUACUCUGAAGAACGAAGAACCCCCUCUAGUCUCCCUCUCUCUCUCUCAUCACCGUCUAUCUCCCCCAAUUCUGACAAAAAUUUUGCUGUGAAUUUUCGGCAAAGAUGAAGAUGUUGAUCGAAGAAGAGUUGGAGUUCGAAGGUGAGAACAAGGUUGAAGAAAUCGUUGUGGAUGAUACCGAAGAAAUUGAUAGUGAAGUUGAAGUUGAAGAAGACGACGGCGAGGACGACGACGAAGAUGAUGAUGACGCCGACGAAGAGGAGGAGGAAGAAGACGACGACGAUGAUGUGCAGGAGGUUUUCCAAAGCUCUGGCAGUGGUCCACCGGCUCAGCCGGUAGAAGCCGACGAUGACGACGAGGACGAGGACGAAGAGGAUGAAGACGAUGAUGGAGACGACGACGGAGAAGAUAGCGACGACGACGAUGACGAUGAGGAAGGUGAACAAGAGGAGGAGGAUAUGGGGACCGAAUACUUGGUUCGACCCGUGGCUAACCCGGAAGAUGAAGAAGAUGCAAGUGAUUUUGAACCCGAAGAAAAUGGAGCGGAAGAAGAUGAAUUUGAAGAAGAAGAAGAAGAUGAUGAUGAACAAGUUGGAAAAACGGAAGCCCCACCGAAGCGAAAAAGGUCAACCAAAGAUGAUGAUGAAUCUGAUGAUGAUGAUGAUGGUGAUGACGAUGAUGAUGAUGAUAGACCAUCCAAGAGAUAGUUUGGUUUCUUGGGAUCUAUGAUGAUGAUGAUGAUGAUCAUGGAUACAUAGGUCCAUCUCUUUCUCUCUCUAUCUCUCUAGGGUUUAUGUUAAAAACUUUAUAUUAUGGUUGGUGGAUCAUCUUGUUUACUACCAUAUAUUUUCAUGUAACUUUUCAUGGUGCAGUUAUAUCUAUCAGGGUUUGCAUAGUGUCACAAUGGGGUUAUUUUUAGGAACAAAAAAACAAAAGAAAAGUUUGCUACUUUUUUUUAUGUUUAAUUUUAUGUAACUUUUAGAUGAUUUAGGACACUCUUAUGUUUUCCUUGAUGUGUAUCGUUGGAUAAUGUUUAGUGUUUUUCUCACAUUUUAGCAAUGACUUUCUUUGUUCAUCA